AUGUUUGAGGACCCUCUUCUCUCCAACAUACUUCCUUCAGUUCUGAUCAUAAUUUUUGUGUUUGGGACACUACUUAAUGGCUUUGCCUUGUGGGCCUUUUGCUUUCACAUGAAGGAAUGGAAGUCUAGUACGGUCUAUCUCUUCAACCUGUCAGUAGCAGAUUUCCUACUCAUGAUUUGCCUACCCUUUAGAACGGACUAUUACUGGAAGAACAUGACCUGGAUCUAUGGAGAUAUCCCAUGUCGGCUGAUGCUAUUCAUGCUUGCCAUGAACAGGACAGGAAGCAUCUUCUUCUUAACUCUAAUAGCUACAGAUCGGUAUAUUCGAGUUGUUUAUCCUUAUAGUAAAAUCAACUUCAUACCAACUAAGCUUGCUGCUGUUAUUGCUUGUGCUAUUUGGUUUGUUACAAUACUAAUGACUGCUCUCAUUCUCACUGAAGUCCAUACUGGAGGGGCCAUGUCAACAAAACCAUCAUGUGACAGCUUUAUGGUAUGUCCUAAGGCCUCAUGGUGGCAUGAUCUUCACUUCAUCUUUAAUUUUUUCCUGCCUCUCUGCAUUGUCAUUUUCUGUACUUGUUGUACCGUCUGGAGGCUUAGACAACGAAACCUGGACAAAAAUGUAAAAAUUAGGAGAGCUGUAAAAUGUAUCAUGCUGGUCGGGAUGGUGUUCUUCAUAUGUUACUUGCCAAGUGUGUCAACCAGGAUUGAAGUCUUAAGGAUCCGAGCUUCUUCAGAGAGAAAUAAAUGCAGCAUCUACAGAACCAUUGAUAAUGCAUUUUACCUUACAAUCUGCUUCACGUACAUAAAUAGUAUGUGUAAUCCUUUGGUUUAUUAUUUUUUUUAA